AUGAUUCAAAUAGGACUUUUGGUUCUAUUGGUAACUGCUUUGGUGGUUGGACCUAAAUAUUAUCCAUCAAUAUUUGCAAAACCAAUUCAAAAUUAUAGGAAAUACUUUGGAACAACUCCACCAUCAACCCCUUCACUGUCCCGUAAAUCAUCAUAUAGUUCGAAUGAACCUUUGGCUCCUCCAACUCCUUUGAUGAUCACUCCAGAACAGGUUAAAAAUUAUGAUGAUAGACCAUGGAGACCUUUCAGAUGGCCAUAUCAUCAAACAAUGUCAAUCUUCCGUUUGGAAAUGAACCACUGGUUGGACAUGGACAAAUAUUACUGGCGUUAUAUCCAAGAAAAGAAGCGUAUUUGGAUGAAAUAUGGCCGUGAAAAUAUUGAUUGGCUUCCAGAAGGAUAUGAACCUUCAGUGGAACUUAUGCAAAUGGUUACUGAUCACAUGCUUACCCGUUAUCCAUUACUCUUCACUCUUGUUGAAGAUAGAGGCGAAGGGGGUAAGAUUGUUUACAACGAAAUGACUGAAGAAACUUUAGAUAUGACUAUGCCACUUAAAGAGCACCCACUUCUCUAUGUUUCUAAUAUGGCAAAGGAAGAUUUCUAUAUUGUUAUGAAAAAUCCAAAAGAUGAUUUACAUUACUUGGUUGCUGCUGCUGUACCUUUCCCUGGUGGAUCAUUCGGUAUACAUGAAAAGAUCGGUAGACAUUUGGAUGUUAUUCAUGAAGGAGUUCCAUACUACAAAGAAAAAUUGAAGAGAUCUAUGGAAAGAUGGUUUGAAAGACUUACCCCUAAUGAUCCUGUGGAGAGAGCUUCUUGGUAUAUUUCUUGGGAUCAUAAGUUGAAACUUAAUAACGUCUAUCAACUUCCUAAAUUCAACCCAAAUAUUGAAGCUGAUAUUAAGUCCAUGGAUCCAAAAGACUUUAAUAUUAGAGUUGAAAGACAAACUCUUCGUAAACUUCCAAAAUCUGGUGCUGUUAUUUUCACUAAUCAUCCAAUUUUCUAUUCUAUUGAAGAAAUGAAAGAUGAACCGCUUAUCCCAUCUCUUCUUCGUAAAAUUUUAUACGAAGGUCCAGAAGAUAUCCUCAAAUACAAGAACUUUGAACUCUUUAGAGACCACAUUGCUGGAUACUUGGAUGAAUUAAUCCAACGUCAAAAGGAUAAAGGUUUGAUUCUGGAUGAUACACCUUUGAAGACAAUCCCAAGUUAUCCAUUUGCUCAUUGGGCUAAAACAGACUUUGAUUUUGUCAAUGGAUGGAAUAACCCAAGUCCUUCGUAUAGUAAAGAAGGUUCUAACUAUACUGAAAAGGCUAAAAUGGAAAAAUAUGCUGAAAAUGAUUAG